AUGGGCACGCUGUUAAAGGCCAUUCGAAAAGAGCUCAAUUUCUACCGAGUGCACAUCUUAUUCUUUACGUUCACCCCCCUCAUAUUCUCUGGCAUCUUCUACGCGAGCAAUGGCCGCUUCAAGAUAUCAUAUAUCGACUGUUUGUUCAACUGCGUCAGUGCGAUGACCGUCUGCGGGCUGGCGACGGUGGAUCUGAGUUCGCUCACCAACUGGCAACAAGCCAUACUCUUCAUCCAGAUGUGCAUGGGCAGUCCUGUCACCGUAUCGUGGGUCAUGGUCUAUCUUCGCAAGUACUAUUUCGCCAAAAAGUUCGAGCACAUCAUCGAGGCUGCUAAAAGCAGCGACCUGGAGAAAGAGAUACGCCCGUGGCCACAGCGCAUAUUUUCACGCAAGUCGGGACUCACGACUGUGAACGAGAUAAGCCGAGAGAAUAGCCGGAGUCCGACACCAGAGGAGGAACCGAGAAAGAAGAAGGGUUUCAUGAAAAAGCUACGACCCGACAUGAUUCGUCGCAUGGAUGGGCCACCCCAGCUUGUAAAUCCCAGCGGAUGGAUUAGCGAGGGCAUGCACACACCACUGUCGCCCAUUCCUUCUGUCGAGGUUCCCAAAUUGAAGCUGGAAAAGAGAUCUGAGCCGGAGCCUGAAUCUUCCAACGAUAAACCACGCCGUCUCACAUUCAGCAACACUCUAGCCUCAAGUCCAGAGCCAAUGACACCCGAACCACCCUCAUCAUCACCCUCGACCAAUUCACAACUACGACCACCAUUAGCACGAAGACUUUCCGAUCCAGGCCGUGCCUCUCCAUUGCCAACUUCCCCCAUCACUUCCUCGUUCCCCCGCUCUGAUACCAUAGCAAUUGGAGCCUCAUUCCCCCGUACCCAGACCAUCGAAUUUGCCCCCGAUGUGCUACCCCGCCGAGGACGUUCCGAGCGACCGCAUCUCAUUCCAGAGUAUGAAAGCUCAAUUCGCUCACGCAGGUCUGCUAGAAGAGCAUCAGUUCAUCGGCAGGACAGUUAUAGACCCGCGUCUACUGUGGGCCGAAGUAUCAAACACAGUGGCUUUGGUGGAUUUCCUAUGCCACACGAAAUCAUCAAGCAGCUGUUUUCCCGCUUUUUCCCAAAGCUUGAGAGAAAGCUCACUCGAACCAUGACGCUUCCACGCACAACCACUCUGGCAUCGCGCCACAACUCUUCCGCCGUCGGCUCCAUUCCUGCCCCCUACAUCUCGUUUGAUGCUAUCGUCGGGCGCAACUCGGCCUUCAGACAACUUUCCCGAGAGCAGCAGGAUGAAUUGGGUGGAGUGGAGUAUCGUGCGCUUAAUGCACUUCUUUGGAUUGUUGCUGUCUACCAUAUCGGAAUCCAACUCAUAGCUUUUACCGUCAUCGCCCCUUAUAUGGCCAAAUCCAGAUGGAAAGCAGAUUUCCUUCCACCGAAUUUACAUCGAAAACUUGCGCCAUCAUGGUUCUCGGCUUUUCAAACUGUGUCUGCUUACACUAAUACCGGAAUGUCGCUCGUUGAUCAGAGCAUGAUACCCUUCCAACAGGCGUACCCUAUGAUCGCCUUUAUGGCCGUGCUUGUUUUGGCGGGUAAUACUGCGUUUCCUAUCUUUCUGCGGUUCAUGAUUUGGGUCCUCUCUAAAGUAGUCAACAACAAGUCUCGUGCGAAUGAAACACUGCACUUUCUGUUGGAUCACCCUCGACGAUGCUUCAUUUAUUUGUUUCCCUCCCAUCAAACCUGGUUCCUGCUCACCAUGGUGCUGACUCUCAACAUGACGGAUUGGUUUUUCUUCAUGGUGUUAGACAUCGGAAACCCGGCCAUCGAAAGCAUUGCUUUGCAUACGCGUUUUGCGAUAGGGUUCUUGCAGGCCAUUGCUGUCAGAGCCGCAGGAUUCGGGACAGUGGCUCUCUCUAGCCUUGCACCUGCCGUUAAAGUACUCUACCUUAUCAUGAUGUAUAUCAGCGUCUACCCCAUCGCUAUGAGCGUGAGAUCUACCAACGUUUAUGAGGAGCAGUCGCUUGGCGUCUUCCGAGACUCCGACUCUGAUGACGAAGAUGAUUUCGAGCCGCACCAAGGGAGUCGUAUUACGGUUUGGAGUCGGUAUUUGGCUAUGCAUGCCCGGAAACAGCUGGCAUUCGUAUUUGAACUUGUGUCCGCUUACGGGACUGUCGGUCUCUCUCUUGGAAUUCCGGACGGAAACUAUUCAUUUUCGGGGGCAUUCCGACCGUUGUCCAAGCUCAUCGUGUGCCUGGUGAUGAUUCGAGGGCGUCACCGCGGUUUACCGGUCGCUAUUGACCGCGCGGUCCUGCUACCGAUGGAGUUCGCGGCAAGCCGUGCGGCGACGCGUGACGAAGCUGAAGAGGUCGGCGAUGUGUCUGGCCGCGAAAAGACGCAUUCGGUGGAGGGUGAUAUGGAGUGGCGGAUGCGGAGGAAUGCGAGACAACAGAGUAUUGAGGAGGUCUCGCUCUCGACUGGACGGCGAAGCGCUGCUUUUGCGGAUGGGUAUAGGAUAUGA